AUGAAGAACUACAACCAAGACAACGGGUUAAUGUUGAUAGUAGACACUCAAGGUGACUCUGUCGAAGUUCCUGAAGCAGAAGCCAUCGAAGAAACUCUGCAUACUGAACUACAUGUUGAUACAUCAACAACAACUGCGACCACUACAGAAGCAACUACUACCACAACGACCACUACUACGGCCAUGCCCACAACAGAACCGACUAGUACUACUGAGCACAGCAAGUCUGAUAUGACUGUAGACUUCAAAAACCUGCCAGUAAUGCUGAAUCUCUUGAAACAGUUGUCCAUCAUACCGGCAGUAGUAAAGACCUUUGCUGGAACACCCUCAGGGCCUUCACCAUUGUUCGCCUCGUCAUCGGAUGUCAGAUAUUCUCCUACCGACUCCAGGUUACACUCAAGUGCUUUAGAUCAAACUCAUGGGUAUGCAGCCAAGUCGCCCUCGUUUGUUCAAGCUCCACCGUUCGAGGCGGAAGCUCCAGUAAAUCUGAUCGGUCGACGAGACAAGAUACCCAACAUGGCUGCACCUAUAGUACCAGUCAAUAGUCAGCCCAAGUACCACCCGAUCGAGCAGAGGAUGAGCAAACUCAACAUAUACGGGAUCGACUCCUUCCCUACUACAGAAUCCAAGGCUUACGAAGCACCAACCACCAUUUCAUACCCAGUUGAAGAUAACAGAAGAGCAGCAGAAGAUAACUACGACAGAGUAAGGACAGAAGACCCCCAUAAUAAAGUCAGAACAAGUGGAGAAGGCCAAGGAAGACGACAGAAACCCAUGUUCGACAUAUCCAACCUGACCAUCGCCGAAGUGGAACAAUUGGAGAACAUCCACCGUAAGCUGUUCAAGACAGAAGAAGGUAACUUGAAGAUACACUCUCUCCCUCCCUCCCCUUCCACUACCGCUCCCGACCCGCCCAUCUACAUCUUCGACAAGCCCAAGAACCCUGACAAAGCAGACAACCACAACAUGGGAGACGUGGCAUCUUCUCUAUCACCGAGUGAACUGAACGAGCUCAUGAUGAUAAAGGACCUGCCUGACCUUGAGGAUCUCACCAAAGGGAUGGACCUCAGUCUACUCAGCAAGCCCGGAGGGUUCGCGCAGCUGAAGCAGCAGUUCAUAGAGAGAAUUGUAAACCGGUCCAUCCAGCUACGAAGAUACGCCUAUAAGAUGAACUAG